AUGUAUAAGGUAGCAAAAGCUUCCGAGUACCUUGUGAUCACGGGAGUCGGAAUCAAAGACAUCAAACUUGCAAAAAAAGCAUGGAUUUUUCCCGGACAAACCUAUACCGUCUUCGACCUUUCUCCGGUCAAUUACACCUUCGAAGUUCAAGCCAUGAGCGCCGAGAAACUCCCUUUCGUCCUCCCUGCCGUCUUCACAAUAGGUCCUCGUGUCAAUGAUCGUGAAAGCCUCCUCAAAUACGCCAAACUGAUUUCACCACAUGAUAAGCUCUCUAAUCAUGUUAAAGAACUCGUUCAAGGAAUCAUCGAAGGCGAGACUCGUGUUCUCGCUGCUUCGAUGACUAUGGAAGAGGUCUUCAGAGGAACAAAAGAGUUUAAACAAGAAGUGUUCGAGAAAGUUCAGCUUGAACUUAACCAAUUUGGAUUACUGAUUUACAAUGCAAAUGUUAAACAAUUGGUUGAUGUUCCAGGUCAUGAAUAUUUCUCAUAUUUAGGGCAAAAGACACAAAUGGAGGCAGCGAAUCAAGCUAAAGUUGACGUGGCAGAAGCUACAAUGAAAGGUGAGAUUGGUUCGAAAUUGAGGAAAGGACAAACGCUGCAGAAUGCGGCAAAAAUUGAUGCAGAGACGAAGGUUAUUGCGGUGCAAAGAAGUGCAGAGGGUGAAAAGGAAGGAAUAAAAGUGAGAAGUGAGGUGAAGGUUUUUGAGAAUGAGAGAGAAGCUGAAGUGGCUCAGGCAAAUUCAGAGUUGGCUAAGAAGAAAGCGGCUUGGACUAAGGCGGCUCAAGUGGCUGAAGUUGAAGCUGCUAAAGCUGUGGCUCUUAGGGACGCUGAGUUGCAAGGGGAGGUGGAGAGGAUGAAUGCUUUGACAACAACUGAGAAGCUUAAAGCUGAGUUUCUUAGUAAAGCUAGUGUUCAAUAUGAAACCAAGGUACAAGAAGCAAACUGGGAGCUGUACAAGAAACAAAAAGAGGCAGAAGCAAUUCUGUAUGAGAAGAAGGCAGAGGCAGAAGCAGAGAUUGCAUUGGCAGACGCAACAUUUUAUGCUAAAAAGCAAGCAGCUGAAGCAGAUCUAUAUGCAAAGAAAAAAGAGGCUGAGGGGAUUGUGGCACUUGGACAGUCUCAAGGGGUGUAUAUAAGUACACUUCUUACUGCACUUGGAGGAAACUACACAGCACUAAGGGACUAUUUGAUGAUAAAUGGUGGCAUAUUUCAAGAGAUUGCAAAGAUUAAUGCGGAGGCAAUUCGUGGACUUGAGCCUAAGAUUAGUAUAUGGAGCAAUGGUGGUGACAAUGGUGGGGGAAUAACAGAAGGUGCAAUGGGUAUGAAAGAGCUUGCUGGUGUGUACAAGAUGUUGCCACCUCUGUUUAAGACUGUUCAUGAACAAACAGGAAUGUUGCCUCCUUCUUGGAUGGGAGCCUUACCUGACAAAAGCCCUUAG